ACCACAACUGCGUUUCGACGAACGCGAACUUCAGCCAAAUUCAGUCGUUCGACUUUUGCAGACUCACUCACUCAGCCCCGACUCAGCCCGCACAUCCCUGCCGACCCCACAUAACUACAAUGAUGGCCGGUGCACAGCUUGAGAAGGAAAUGGCAGCGUUCCAGAACCUGCAAAGGGACUUCUCGAAAGUGAUCGAAUCUCGGACACAGCUCGAGUCGCAACUGAAGGAGAACGAGAUGGUGGCGAAGGAAUUCAGCCUUCUGAAACCGGAUGCAACGAUAUACAAACUCAUCGGGCCAGUGCUCGUUAAGCAAGAGCAAGGGGAGGCCGUGACGAAUGUCAAGAAGCGUGUUGAGUAUAUUACGGGGGAAAUUAAACGAUUAGAAGGGCAAAUCAAGGAUUUGGAUAAGAAGCAGGAGGCCAAGAAGGCGGAGGUCAUUCAACUGCAACAAGCAUACCAACAGCAGAUGCAGGCUAAUGCAUAGUCAUCUUUUCGCUCGCAUACCCUUAUGUAUAUAUAUGUCUGUCCUCCGUCGGGAAUGAAAUUGGGAACGAUCGUCCUGAUGCAAGUCGUCUCGGUUCGCUCGUUCACUGAUUCCAAUGCCCGCCGCGCACACCUUGCUUUUCUGACCAUGUCCGAGACGAUCAGACUAAAGUUUGACGAGGAUCUCUUCCUUGAGAGCUGGAAAUGGAUUCCCUCCGCCACAAACAACGAGCCAGUUCUUUCAGAC